AUGUCUUGCAAAAGAGAGGUUGUGAUUGGUGUGGAAGAAGGAUUGUUUCUCUUACCUUCAAACCUCUUCAAUGAGGUUUUUCAUCCAUUUCCACAGAGUUAUUAUAGAGGAGGUAGCAAGUAUGAGUGGAAGCCAAGGAUGUGGUACGCGUUGAACCACUAUGGUGGUGGUUUCAUCAAGAAGCCAAGUGAUGAUUCUGGUGGUGCAGGGCGAAUCAAGCCACGUGGCACUGGAGUGUUUCUUCCUGCAAGACCGGUGAGUAGCUCAGAAGAGAAGAGACCCAAGAAGAAGCCAUGUCCCAACAUCAUCUCCUCUCAUUCCAAACAAGUUUUUCUUCCAAAGGAAUGGGCUUAUUAG